AUGUCAAAUCUGCUCGACACGACAUGGACAGUUUCGGAGAAAAUCGUCCUCUUGACCAAUGUCAUUCAAGACGCCGGGCACGAUGUUCCUUCCUUACUGCUUCAGAGCAUAUCCGAGCGCAAUAUCCAGCCCAGAUGGGCUGAUAUUCCUUUGCCAGCAGGCCGGUCGUUGAAUGCUUGUCGGAGAGUAUAUGAUGAAAUGGUACGCGGUCCUCCGCAACAUCCACGCUCGUUCCCCGCGGUCGGUCCUCCCGGUUAUCCUCCUCAGCAUUUAGGCCCAGGUCCCGGUCAACUGAGGAGCGCUUCCGAGCAUGAGUUGCAGCCGUUGAGCACCCACCGCUCGAUCCAGCCUCGUCCUCCGCUAGCAACGGGGUCGCCGUUGCCGUCAGUCACAAAUGGCGAAUUUGCUAUAUUGCGUCCGUUUCCAUCCGAUCCAGGUGUGGAGAGGCGACGGAAGCGUGGCCGGCCGACGAAAGAAGAGGUUGAGGAACGCGGGAGACGGCUUGCAAUGACUGGCCAGACUUACGAACCAAAGAAACGCGCGCCAAAGAAGCUCAGGCUGUCAGGUACGCCUGGUUCCACUGCAGAAGUACGGCCGGGCAGCUCUCCUGGACUACACGCUCCCCGGGAGCAUCCUCCUGAACGCAACGAGGAAGCCUCAAGCGUGACGCGAGGACCGAGACAGCAAACAGAGGAGGACGAUUUAUCUCAGCAAGCAGCCCCCCAAUCUCCAUUGGACGAUUUCGGUAACGAAAAGAGCGCGGGUGCAGCAGAAAGUCCUUCGGAUCGAUUACUGUUACGGUCCAGGUCAGGAGAACGCGCCCAAGGAGCGGUCGCUGCUCCUCAAACCAAGCGUGAGGCGCAGAGUCCCGGUGUAGGACGAGAAGCAGAGACGGGGCACAAGGUAUGA